GAAGAGAAGAAAAAAAGAAAGAACCAAACAGAGAAAGACGAAGAGGAGGAGAAGACAAAGAAACAAAUUAGAAAAAGACGAAUUUUUUUUCUCAAAAAUAAAUAAAGACGAAGACAAAGAUAAACCAAAAGAUCAAACCAAAGGAGAAAAACGGAAACUACAUAAAAUAAAAUAAAAAUGUGGUCAGACAACUCCCACGGCCAGACCUUCGUGCAAGGGCAACAAGCAUUCAUUGCAGGCAAGGCAUUCACCCACGGAAAGAACUUUCAACACUCACCUGCCCUGGAUCGCCUCUGUUUACACUCCAGGCUGGGUUGCGUUCUGGCAGGCGGAUUUCAUGGCAAGACAGAAGCAGGUUUCCUCGCGCAGGUUCAGGAGGCAGCCAGUGUUCCUUCUGCAAGUGAAGUGUCGGCAGAAGCAGCUGUUUUUGUAGCGGUGAUCGUCGUCUUCUACGCCGCCAUCAUCGUCAUCCUCCUGGGCACCAACAUGCGUCGUCCGCGGUCGUCCUCGUCCUCGUCCUCGCGCCAACGACGGUCCAGGUCACGGUCCAGGUCACGCCACAGACACCAGGUCGUCCUCGACCCGAAGGACGGCUCCGUGAAGACCCAGCACGCGCCCAAGAAGAAGAAGGAGCCGCCCACGUCCUCGCUGCAGGGGGCGGAGAAUGUGUAA